AUCCUAAGUCUCACAGUUCAAGCUAAUCAUUGACAGAGCUUUACAAUCACAAGCUUUUUUACUGAAGCGUUGAUAAGACAGUCGAGCAGUUAGUGGCAAAUGAAGCCAGGCUGUGCAGCAUGAUCUCCAGGGAAUGAAUGGAUUUCCUUCAGCACCGAUGAAAGAAACAUACGCUAUAGGAAAACAAUGUCCAGCGGGGGACUGCAAAGAUCUGUCAUCCUGUCAGCGUUUAUUCUCCUACGAGCUGUUACUGGAUUCUCUGGAGACGGAAGAACUAUAUGGUCUAAAGAUCCUAAUUUCAGUCCGGUAAAUGAAAGUCAGCUGUUUCUCUAUGACACUUUUCCUAAAAACUUUUUCUGGGGCGUUGGGACUGGAGCAUUUCAAGUGGAAGGAAAUUGGAAGGCAGACGGAAAAGGACCUUCUAUAUGGGAUCACUUCAUCCAUACACACCUUAAAAAUGUCAACAGCACGAAUAGUUCCAGUGACAGUUACAUUUUUCUGGAAAAGGACUUAUCAGCCCUGGAUUUUAUAGGCGUUUCUUUCUAUCAAUUUUCAAUUUCCUGGCCAAGGCUUUUCCCGGGUGGAAUAGUAUCAGCUGUCAACGCAAAAGGUCUCCAGUAUUACGAUACUCUUCUCAAUGCUCUGGUACUUAGAAACAUUGAACCUAUAGUUACUUUAUACCAUUGGGAUUUGCCUUUGGCACUCCAGGAAAAAUAUGGGGGGUGGAAAAAUGAAACCAUGAUAGAUUUCUUCAAUGACUAUGCCACAUACUGUUUCCAGACGUUUGGGGACCGUGUCAAAUAUUGGAUUACAAUUCACAACCCAUAUCUAGUCGCUUGGCAUGGGUAUGGGACUGGUAUCCAUGCUCCUGGAGAGAAGGGAAAUUUAGCAGCUGUCUACAGCGUGGGACACAACCUGAUCAAGGCUCAUACGAAAGUUUGGCAUAACUACAACAGAAAUUUCCGCCCACAUCAGAAGGGUCAGCUGUCAAUCACGUUGGGAUCCCACUGGAUUGAACCAAACAGAUCAGAAAAUACAAUGGAUAUACUCAAGUGCCAACAAUCCAUAAUUUCUGUGCUCGGGUGGUUUGCCAACCCUAUCCACGGGGAUGGCGACUAUCCAGAAGUGAUGAGAAAGCAGUUGCCCUCCAUUCUACCUCACUUCUCUGAAACAGAGAAGAAUGAGGUGAGGGGCACAGCUGACUUCUUUGCCUUUUCCUUUGGACCCAACAACUUCAAGCCCCACAACACUAUGGCUAAACUGGGACAAAAUGUGUCACUCAAUUUAAGAGAUGUGCUAAACUGGAUUAAACUGGAAUACGGUAAUCCCCGAAUCUUGAUUACUGAGAAUGGCUGGUUCACGGACAGUCACGUAAAGACAGAGGAUACCACAGCCAUCUACAUGAUGAAGAACUUCCUCAACCAGGUUCUUCAAGCAAUCAAGUUUGAUGAAAUACAAGUGUUUGGUUACACAGCCUGGUCCCUCCUGGAUGGCUUUGAAUGGCAGGAUGCUUACACCACUCGCCGAGGAUUAUUUUAUGUGGAUUUUAAUAGUAAACAAAAAGAAAGAAAGCCCAAGUCUUCAGCACAUUACUAUAGACAGAUCAUUCAAGAAAAUGGUUUCAGUGUGAAAGAGUCCACACCAGAUGUGCAGGGUCAGUUUCCCUGUGAUUUCUCCUGGGGUGUUACUGAAUCUGUCCUUAAGCCGGAGUCGGCGGCUUCCUCCCCGCAGUUCAGCGAUCCGCACCUGUACGUGUGGAACGUGACGGGCAACAGACUGUUGCGCCGAGUGGACGGGGUGAGGCUGAAAACAAGACCAGCUCAAUGCACGGAUUUUGUCAGCAUCAAAAGACAGCUUGAGAUGUUAGCAAGAAUGAAAGUGACCCACUACAGGUUUGCUCUGGACUGGCCCUCCAUCCUUCCCACCGGCAACCUGUCCAUGGCUAACCGACAGGCUUUGAGGUACUACAGGUGUGUGGUCAGUGAGGGGCUGAAGCUCAACAUCUCCUCGAUGGUCACGCUGUACUAUCCGACCCACGCCCACCUAGGCCUCCCUGCGCCUCUGCUGCGCAGCGGAGGGUGGCUGAACCGGUCCACGGCCGAGGCCUUCCAGGACUACGCCGACCUGUGCUUCCGGGAGCUGGGGGACCUGGUGAAGCUCUGGAUCACCAUCAACGAGCCUAACCGGCUGAGUGACAUCUACGAGCAGUCCAGUAACGACACCUACUGGGCAGCCCACCACCUGCUGAUCGCCCACGCCCUGGCCUGGCACCGCUACGACCGGCAGUACAGGCCCGCGCAGCGCGGGGCCGUGUCGCUGUCUCUGCACUCGGACUGGGCCGAGCCCGCCAAUCCCUACGCCGCCUCGCACCGGAAGGCGGCCGAGCGCUUCCUCCAGUUCGAGAUCGCCUGGUUCGCAGAACCCCUCUUCAAGACGGGGGACUACCCGCUGGCUAUGAGGGAGCACGUCGCCUUCAAGAAUCGGCAGGGGCUCGCGCGCUCCGCGCUGCCUCAGUUCACGGAGGAGGAGAGGAGGCUGGUCAAGGGCACUGCGGACUUCUACGCCCUGAACCACUUCACCACCAGGCUCGUGAUGCAGGAGCGCCAGAACGGCAGCACCUACGACACGGACAGGGACGUCCAGUUUCUGCAGGACAUCACCUGCCUGAGCUCCCCCACCCGCCUGGCCGUGAUGCCCUGGGGAGAGCGCAGGGUGCUGCAGUGGAUCCGGAGCAACUAUGGAGACAUGGAUGUUUACAUCACGGCCAGUGGCAUCGAUGACCAGUCUCUGGAGAAGGAUGAACUCCGAAAAUACUACUUAGAGAAGUACAUCCAGGAGGCUUUGAAAGCAUACCUGAUUGAUAAAAUCAAAAUCAAAGGCUAUUAUGUAUUCAAACUGACUGAAGAAAAAUCUAGACCCAGAUUUGGAUUCUUCACACCCGAUUUCAAAGCUAAAUCCUCAAUCCAGUUUUACAACAACCUGAUCAGCAACAAUGGCUUCCUUUCUGAGAACAGUGGUCCUAGAUGCAGUCAGACUCAAAGAAACACGGAAUGUAUUGUCUGCUUACUUCUUGUGCAGAAGAAACCGCUGAUAUUCUUUGGAUGUUGUUUCUUCUCUACCCUGGUUCUACUGUUAUCAAUUACCAUUUUUCAUAAGCAAAAGAGAAGAAAAAUUUGGAAAGCAAAGAACUCACAGCACAUACCGUUAAAGAAAGGCCACAACAGAGUUCUUAGCUAAGCUGAUCUUAUUUCUGUCUGCAGGAUGGAAAAGUUUAAAAAUUCACUCCAGUUCCAUAUACUGGUAACUUACAGAAGAUACACCUAUAUUGUAGAAAAAAGACAACUUGAGAAUUUAGUGAUAGCCAAGGUAAUGACAAUCGCGGUCUCCAUUGUGUGGUUCAAAUUUUCCCUUAAAAGGUGUUGACAUCACUGAAUUCAGUUCUUGGAUCUAAGGUAAAGGUUUCCCUACAGUAAGCUUAUGAGGAAUAUCUGAUACAUUGUUUCAUGCAGUUUGAUGAGCUGUUUCCUAUCAUUAUUCUCUAGUUUUCCUCUAUUCAUACCAGUAGUUACUUAGGAUAAAAGAAAUUGUUUUGAAAGUACAACUUUGUUAAGACUCCACAGCAGAGACUGUCAUUGAUAAAAUUCUGUCACUUUUCAGGUGCUUUCCCCUUUGGUCAGAGUAGUUCUCAAAUGGAAAAAAAUUAGGUUAAGAAGUAGUGUUUGUUUACAGCCAGUUACAGACUCUUAAGCACAUCAAUCCCUCAGCUUUUCUCAAGAGAAAUUAAAAUUGAGCAUUUAUAAAACAUCUUAUUUUAUGAGAUCUUUUAUCAGAUGAUUUUUUUAAAAAAUAACAUUUAAUUUCCAGUAACUCAUGUAAACAUCAGAGGACAAAGAUUAAAGAGAAUUAGACCCAACUGUCUGUGAAGACAGAGAAGUCAUUCAAUCUCACAGUACAGCAACUUCUUCAAAUUGGUAUUAUUCCUCACCUGAAUCUUAGGAGGUAACAGAUGUGGCAAACAUUCUAAGAUAUCAAGUUUUUUUUAUAUUAUCAUUAUCAAAUUACCAUUUAUCCCAUGAGACUUGCUCUCUCCCCUGAAGUCCUUCGCUGAUCUAACACACGCACAUAUGGAUCUCUCAAGGUAUAGAAGGCACCUCCCAACUGUGGACACAAUUCACAGUAUUGGUGGCCUAGUAACUAUUCUUACAUUGCAACCUUUGAAGCUGGGAUUAAGUAAAUUCUUAAAACUGAAUUUGCAGUUUGACUUUUUAAAAUUCUGUAAGCAUUCAUUCACUGUAUUCUAAAUGCUGGGAGGAAGAAAACCUGAAUCUAAACCAUUUAUACCCAUUCUUUCCUUAGGUGAGUCAAUAUUUAAGUAUUGUCUACUCCUCUGGAAGUUUGACUUCCUGAGUCAAAGGAAAGCUUAUUUCCUGCAUAACUGAGAUACUAAUUGAUAAUGGCAUCAAGUUUCAAAGAUACAGGUAACACAAUUGAUCAAUUCAAACAAAUGCAAAAGUGGUUGACAUUAAUAUUCUUUCUG